CGUCUUGGCUCCCUCUUUGUUUCUCGGUACUCACUCACUCCAACCAACCCUCGAAGAGAAUUGUUUCUCUCCUGGGCCCCUUCAGUUUCGGAUUCUUCUCUUGCCUGUUUGGCCCCCCUCAAUACCCACCUACCUUUUCUCGUCGCUCUCUUGUGUCUCUCACGUUCCCCCAUUUAUAUCACGGCUAGCGAACGACACCACCUUCGCCAACUACUCUCCCGCUUCACGUCUAAGACUUCCUCUUGACACCCCACAAAUCGAGAUCACAGGUCCAGACAAAGACCUGUGCAUCUAGCAACUAUGCUUGCCCAAACUGCUCUCGUCGCAUUGAGUGCGACUCUGGCUGCAGCCGUCAAGCCCCUCACUGUCCAGGGCAAUUCCUUCGUCAACGCUGCUGGUGAAAAGUUUCAGAUUGUGGGUGUCGACUACCAGAUCGGCGGAAGCGCUGGUUACGAUCCUACCCACAACCGCGACCCCCUCAGCGAUGGCGAUGUCUGCUUGCGCGAUGCAGCAGUGCUGCAGCGCCUCGGCGCCAACGCCAUCCGCGUCUACAACCUCGAUCCUAACUUGAACCAUGAUGCGUGCGCUUCCGUCUUCAAUGCCGCUGGCAUGUACAUGAUCCUCGACGUCAACUCUCCCCUGGUCGGUGAGAGUAUCACCAGCUUCCAGCCUUGGACCAGCUAUUACGCUGCCUACCUGAACCGCACUUUCGCCAUCGUCGAGGCCUUCAAAAACUAUCCCAACACCCUGGCAUUUUUCUCCGGCAAUGAGGUCAUGAACAAUGUCGAGACGGCUCAGUUCGUUCCCCAGUACCUGCGCGCUGUUACCCGCGACUUGAAGAACUACGUCUCCAAGCACGCCGACCGCCCCAUUCCCGUCGGUUACUCGGCCGCCGACGUCCGCGAAAUCCUCGUCGACUCCUGGAACUACCUGCAGUGUGCCGAGAACGGCGAUGCUAAGGACCCCAGUCGUAUUGACCUCUUCGGCCUCAACUCUUAUUCGUGGUGCGGCGACUCUGACUUCAAGAAGUCCACCUACGACCAGCUCGUCUCGGAUCUGAAGGAUACAUCCGUUCCCGUCUUCUUCUCCGAGUAUGGCUGCAACCAGGUCACCCCUCGUAUUUUCACCGAGGUUGGCGCCAUCUAUGGCCCCGACAUGAAGGACGUCUUUUCGGGCGGUCUCGUUUACGAGUACAGCCAGGAGGACAACAACUUCGGCCUUGUCAAGGUGAACAACGACAAGUCCCUCACCCUUCUGAUCGACUACCAGAACCUCGCGACCCAGUACAACAAGAUCGACUUCAAGACCCUCCAGGCCCAGAAGGCGCCUAGCAACUCCCCCGCGCCUCCCAAGUGCGCUUCGUCCCUGAUUAAGGAGAAGGGUUUUAACAACAACUUCACCUUGCCGGCCGUCCCGCCCGGAGGUCAGGAGAUGAUCGACAACGGUAUCAAGAACAAACCCUCCGGCAAGAUCAUUUCCAUUUCCGACUGGGCUGUUAAGUACAAGGUCUACGGCGUUGACGGCAAGACGGAGAUCACUGGCCUCGCCGUCACGCCUCUUGCUGACUCUGACAUCAACACGCCUGGUACCAACACUGGCGGCUCUACUGUUCCUGCCACUUCCUCCCCCACGGGCAGCGGCACUGCCUCAUCUCCUUCGAAGAGCAGCAACCCCGCUGUCCCGUUGCGCCCGGAGGUCGCUGCGAUGGCCGCGCCUCUACUUGCCUUACUUUUCUUGUAGAAAACUCUGCAAGUGUACGCUCGACUUUGUAUGUAGCUCUUUCGUAAGGCUUGGUGGUAAUUACUUGGCUUCUUUCUGGCACCAUAGAUUCCCCGCGGUUUGUUUCGGAAGCCUCAAUAUAUACUUUAUAACGAAUGUAUUUU